AUGGCACGCGCUGGAGCAUAUGGCACGCGCUGGAGCAUAUGGCACGCGCUGGAGCAUAUGGCACGCGCUGGAGCAUAUGGCACGCGCUGGAGCAUAUGGCACGCGCUGGAGCAUAUGGCACGCGCUGGAGCAUAUGGCACGCGCUGGAGCAUAUGGCACGCGCUGGAGCAUAUGGCACGCGCUGGAGCAUAUGGCACGCGCUGGAGCAUAUGGCACGCGCUGGAGCAUAUGGCACGCGCUGGAGCAUAUGGCACGCGCUGGAGCAUAUGGCACGCGCUGGAGCAUAUGGCACGCGCUGGAGCAUAUGGCACGCGCUGGAGCAUAUGGCACGCGCUGGAGCAUAUGGCACGCGCUGGAGCAUAUGGCACGCGCUGGAGCAUAUGGCACGCGCUGGAGCAUAUGGCACGCGCUGGAGCAUAUGGCACGCGCUGGAGCAUAAGGCACGCGCUGGAGCAUAAGGCACGCGCUGGAGCAUAUGGCACGCGCUGGAGCAUAUGGCACGCGCUGGAGCAUAUGGCACGCGCUGGAGCAUAUGGCACGCGCUGGAGCAUAUGGCACGCGCUGGAGCAUAUGGCACGCGCUGGAGCAUAUGGCACGCGCUGCAGCAUAUGGCACGCGCUGCAGCAUAUGGCACGCGCUGGAGCAUAUGGCACGCGCUGGAGCAUAUGGCACGCGCUGGAGCAUAUGGCACGCGCUGGAGCAUAUGGCACGCGCUGGAGCAUAUGGCACGCGCUGGAGCAUAUGGCACGCGCUGGAGCAUAUGGCACGCGCUGGAGCAUAUGGCACGCGCUGGAGCAUAUGGCACGCGCUGGAGCAUAUGGCACGCGCUGGAGCAUAUGGCACGCGCUGGAGCAUAUGGCACGCGCUGGAGCAUAUGGCACGCGCUGGAGCAUAUGGCACGCGCUGGAGCAUAUGGCACGCGCUGGAGCAUAUGGCACGCGCUGGAGCAUAUGGCACGCGCUGGAGCAUAUGGCACGCGCUGGAGCAUAUGGCACGCGCUGGAGCAUAUGGCACGCGCUGGAGCAUAUGGCACGCGCUGGAGCAUAA